AUGUCACUGGAUUCUGGUACUACGCACCACGUUGGCGCACUGAAACCUGAUUACGAUCCAAUCGGCCACCUGAAUGCGAUCUUCUCCCACCCCGCAACCCUCUCCUCCGUCUCGAGCACCUCCGAGGCGCUCCGCAGCUACCAAGAUGACCUGGACGAAGACAUCGCCGUCUUCGUCGCCUCUCAGUCCGUCUCCGAUGCCGACAGCGUACAACGGAUACAGGCUGCCAAGGGCGAGCUGGCGGACCUGUUCAAGAAGAUCGAGAGCGUGCGCGAGCGAGCCAUGCAGACAGAGCAGACUAUCACCGACAUGACAGCGGACAUAAAGCGCCUAGACAACACAAAGCGCAAUCUCACACUAUCUAUGACGGCCUUGAAAAGACUGCAGAUGUUGACGACCGCAUACGAGCAAUUGCGGAGUCUUAGCAAGUCGCGCCAGUACCGGGAGUGCGCUCAGCUGUUGCAAGCUGUCAUACAGUUGGUGGCGCAUUUCAAGAGCUACAGGUCGAUAGAUCAGAUUGCCACGUUGAGUCGCAAUGUGGCAGAUGUGCAGGGGGAGUUGCUGGAGCAGGUGUGUGAGGAUUUCGAAGUCACGUUCGCAAAAGGCGACGUUGCGCAGCGCAAGGCUAUGCUGGCUGAGGCAUGCCUAGUCAUCGAUGCGCUUGGUGACCAUGCCCGGACACGGCUGGUCAAUUGGUACUGCAACACACAACUGCGCGAGUACAGACAGGUAUUCCGUGGUAACGACGAGGCUGGCUCUCUAGACAACAUCUCGAGGCGAUAUUCCUGGUUCAACCGCAUGAUGAAGACCUACGAUAUUGAACACGCAGCGAUUUUCCCGGCCUACUGGCGAGUGAACGAAAUGCUCGCAAACUCCUAUUGCGAAGGCACGAGAGAAGACUUCAAGGCUAUCUUGCAGCGAUCCAUGAGACGAGGGGAUGGACAGACACUGGAUGUUGACCUACUGCUCUCGUGUCUCCAGGAGACCCUCAACUUUGAACAUAGUUUGGAGCGGCGGUUCUCCAACGAAUCUCGGUCGUCCAUGGACACCAUUGUUUCCAGAGACGAACGCCCUCAUGGAUUCAGUCAAGCCAUCUCCGAGGCCUUUGAACCCUACAUGAGCUUAUGGGUUGAGUCACAGGAUAAACAAUUGGCAACAUUGAUACCCAAAUACCGCCAACAGCCGCUUUGGAACCCUGAAGAAGAUUUUUCGCCCCAAGCUGUUAUACCGUCGUCAACAGAGCUCUUCCACUUCUACCGUCUCACCCUUGGACAGUGUGCUAAGCUGUCCACCGGCAGCAGGUUGGCAGAGCUUUCCACAACUUUUGCGAAGUACCUAGAUCAGUACGGACAACAGGUACUAUACUAUUUUCUCAGUGAACGGUCCGGCGCACAAGGACCUUCCGUGGAGGAGGCUAUCCUCAUUCUUAACACCGCAGACUACUGUUAUGCCACCUGCAAUCAGCUAGAAGAGAAAAUCAGAGGCCGUAUCGACGAAGACUUUAAAGAAAAGGUGGACCUGCAGAGCCAGGCAGAUGCCUUCAUGGGUAUCGCCAGUGCAAUCGUUCGUGUGCUUGUCAGAAAGGUCGAGAUAGCGUGCGAACCUACAUGGCGAGAAAUGCGCAACACGCCUUGGAGCAAACUCGAGAGUGUAGGCGAUCAAAGCUCCUAUGUUGCAGAGCUCUUGCGCCACGUCAAGGAAACAUCGGCCGAGAUACUCAAGUCGCUCCACAAGCAACAGUAUGCGCGAGCGUUUUGCGAUAAUCUGGUUGAUCUUAUGGCCAACGCAUAUAUCGCAAACAUCAUACAGAGCAAGCCCAUCUCCGAAGUCGGUGCAGAGCAGAUGCUGCUAGACUCUUACGUCUUGAAGAAAGGCUUUACAGAGCUUCCCAUUCUCAAUGAGGAAACUGGGGCCGCUCCACCAGCCAGCUUCGUCAAACGCGUCAAUCAAGCCAUGUCGCGGAUUGACCCCCUUCUCAAAACUCUCCAAGUCCGCCCCUCCCCACCCGAAGCCCUUGUUCAAGCAUAUCUCAUUCAUAUCGCCGACAAAUCCGAUACCAAUUUCCGCAAGAUCAUGGACUUGAAAGGCAUUCGCAAAGCCGAACAAACGCAAUUGCUGGAUCUGUUUGCAGCCUUCAAAGCUUCGCCUUCACACUCGGAACUCGUCGAGAACUCGACCUUCCUUACUCCGAUCCAGCUCCAGGCACCACCGUCAGCUGGCACCAUUGGCAGUAAUGUGGGAAGCGUGAUGGGAAACAUGGGCACACAAAGCCUAGCGAGUGGGAGAUUUGAUCCGGCGGGACUGGGCAACAUGCUGGUCAACGCUGCAAGGGAUGGAGUGGAUCGAUUUGGAAGUCCAGCACCGGGGGCGCAGCAACAUGCUGAAGGGGGAGAUGGGAAGGCGAAUCUUAAUGAUAAUCUCAAGAACAUUGGCAAGUUCUUCAGGAGGGAUGUUGGUGGGUUUAGGGGAUUCGGGAAGAGUGAAGGGUAG